AUGAGCCAACAAGACCUCGCACAGACUCUGGCCGAGUCAUUCAGCGCUCUCGCCGACGAGGUGCAGAGCCUGAUCGACCGCAAGACCAUCCUCGAACACAAGCUGCGCUUUGCCCACGAGCAGUACCAAAUUCUUGCCGACAAGUAUGCACCGACCGCUCCCGAAAUCUCGGAGACCCUGGCUCAGCUGCAACUCCCGCCUGAGCUCCACCACCCGGUCUUGAUCAACGCGAACACAAUCCCCUUGCCCAAGCGCGGCCAGGCCGAGAACAGCCAGCAUCAGAUUGCCCUCUUCAUCAGAGAAGGCCGACGGGCAGCCCAGCAGCUCAUGACCCUCGCCGAUGCCAGCAACAAGGAUAGCUCGAGCAAAGAAACCUCAUCGCGCCUCACCGCGACCUCUAUCACGACCAUGAUGGAGCAGGACUUUACGGUAGAGGGCAAGAAAGGCAACCUGCAGUGCCCUUUCUCUGUCAUCAAGGAGCAGGACGAGUCGGGGCCAAACGCCGCGGGUCACUCCCAUGGAGCCGAUCCCACCCCUCACAAGUCUGGGGACCCGAUCUGUGCUGCCAUGUUUGAGGAAGCAACUUCUCAGCCCCAGCCCGCUUCGGCCUCCAAGUGCCCCAUCCGCUACAUGGACAAGCAUUCUCCAGAGGAGAUAGCCACCUAUGUCGAGAACCACAAACAUCAGAUCCCCCGCAGUCAUGAGGUCUGUAUCCAGCGGUAUCAGAAGAACGAGGCCCAGAUCAGGAAACUGGAUGCCAAAUAUGGCAACAUUGUGAACAUGAUCCAGGACCUCAGCCAGCUGCACAAACCACUACUUCCCGAAGGCGCAGAUCCAGCGCAGCAUGGAGACGGUGGCCGUGCGUCUCUUGAAAGAGUCGAGAAUUGGGCUCAGGGAGUUAGCACCAACCCGCCUGAAGACCCAGAGACUCCCCCGGAGGCCCGCAAUAUGGAAGAGGAUGAGCCGGAGUCGACUCGCGAGAGCCACUUUGAUCGACCCUUGAAGGAAGUCAGGGUUGGAGAGUCUCCCAGUCGACCGUGGGGUAUCUCUGUUCCCAUCUACGAUGAACCGGUCCUGGCCCCUCAAGCUGAAGAGAUCCCCGUCUCCCCGCCGCCUGUACCUGUGCAGAUGCCCAGCCCUGUCGCCGCAGAGACGCCCAAGCCAGCUACUGGCAGGCCGUCGAAAUGUCCAUUUGAUCACACAAAGUUCGCUCGAGGCAUGGGCAUGGCUCCCUCGCCUCUACCCAAGGUCGAGGAGGCUCCCCCGAGCACUAAGCCCACAGGCCAAGGGCUCGAACAAUCCUUCGCGCCCACGAACCAGACGUACCAGCCAGGAGGAGCCCCGCGACCGACCUUUCUCGGCCCCGAUGCCAUCAAGCGGGAGAGCACCAACCCACCGCAAAUGGUCUUUAAUGGGCCAGUCUUCAUUGGGUAUCCCAUGGAGCAGGCCAUCCAGUUCAUGAAACAUUUCCAGAACUCACAGUAA